AUGGUAGGAAGUUUGUUUAGUCAGUUUGAUUCGCCUUGACUAUUUAACAUCCCUUUAGUUAUUCUAGCUAUAUUAAUUCCUUGAAAGUUAUUUAUUACAAGCGGUUCAGGAUGAGUGGGGACGCGGUCUGAGAUACUAAUAAGCCAGUUGACUAACACGUUAAUAGGUCAAGUUAUACAACCACUAAAUAAAAAGGGGUUUAGUUGAGCAGUCUUAUUUUCUAGUUUAAUGCUAAUAUUAAUAACUUUAAAUGUGAUUGGGUUGUUCCCGUACACUUUUACCCCUACAACUCAAUUAUCAAUAAAUUUAGGAUUAGCUGUGCCAUUAUGGUUGGGAACGGUAAUUUAUGGUUUUCGUAAUCAUCCUACUAUUGCUCUUGCACAUUUAUGUCCAGAGGGGGCGCCUAAUUUACUAAUCCCUGUAUUAGUGGUCGUGGAAACAUUAAGAAUUUUUAUGCGCCCUUUAGCCUUAGGGUUACGGUUAACAGCAAAUUUAACAGCUGGGCACUUAUUAAUGCAUUUAAUUUCUUCAGCAGUCUUAGGACUGAUAGAGUUGUCAGGAGUGUUAAGUGUUAUUACUUUGGUAUUGCUUGUAUUUUUAACAAUGUUAGAAAUUGCAGUGGCUUUGAUUCAAGGUUAUGUUUUUGCAAUUUUGGUAACAUUAUAUCUAGAUGAAAAUCUUUAA